GUGUCCACGCAUGCGCUUAAUUAAAUUUACAUUCCAAGAGGAUAGGAGCUUUUUAUCCCAUUAUUAUGCAAAAUCUUUAAAAUACCAUAAAUCUACAAUACCUCCAUGUUCAAUUACAAUUUUCAACACAAAAUUAUUGAAAAUUUCAUAAAUUCUCAUAAUCACUCAAAUUUUUUCAUAUUGCAAGUGUUCAAUCACGAGAGUGCUUGCUCCACGCAAAGGAGCGCCAUUUUCUUAACCUUAAGGCGGGGAUAUGUGAAUUUGUUAUUAAGUAUGUCUGCCUACAUAAAUGAUACAAAUUUCGGUCCAAAAAGUCAGUGGUUGUCGUAAAGAUAGCCAAGAAGAAAGCGGAGUCGUUAUGGAAAAUGGUCCAAAGGACCCUCUAUUUGAAGUCCAGGUGUCUGAGCACACGAAGAAUGGAGCAGUUAGCACCGUAAUGGCAAAAUUCCCUGAUUGGAAUAUUCCUAUUAAUCAAGAAAAUACGACAGAACACUCUAAAGUUGCGAACGUUAAUGGUGAUGACAUUAAUUUUGUGAAUAACGAAGAAAAUUCAUUAAGUUCUGAAAGUGACGCCUUAAUAAUUGAUGAGAGUGUUAAUAAGAUACAAAAAAAUAAUAAAAAACCUGAUCAAAAAUUGACAUUUAACCCAGAAGAAAUUUCAAAUAAUUGUAGUGAAACAGUGACUCAUUCAAAUCCGUUUUUUAAUGAAUCCCUUUUUGAGUUAACACAACUUCAUCAAAAUAACCAGGAAGAUGCGAUUAGUAGUUCAGGAAACAAGUUUGAGAAGAAUAUAAAAAAAUAUAAGAAGAAAUUGAAACCAAAACAUCAAAUAACAGAAUAUGCUCAGUAUUUAGGACUUCAACCAUCAGUUCGGUUCAAGUGUCCCAAGUGUAGUAGGACAGGUUUUGAUACUCUACCAAUAUUACAAGAACAUGUAGCUCAGUGUAAUGAAGAAAAUGUACAAGAUAUAACACAAAAUUGCUCUAGCUCUGGAUUUAAGUUAACUCGUAAAGUUUUUCUUUGCUCAGCAUGUGGUACGUACUAUGAAAAUUGGAACUUGUAUAUACAUAUGCUGGAGUUCCAUAAACGAUAUAUAUGUUUAUACUGUUUAGGAAUGUUUUCAUUGUUAGAAGAUCUUUGUCAACAUAUUCAAUCUAAACACAAUCUUAAACCAGGAUAUAAAAAUACUCUUGAUGAGUUUUUUAGUGUUUAUAAUGAACCCUGCUAUAUAGCGUGUUGUGAGUGUGAUAAAUUAUUUAGUGAGCAAGACAAUUUUUUUUAUCAUAAUUGUGUCGGCAAAAAUAAACCUAAGAAACUCCCAGUUAAACAACAAAUUACCCCUGAAAAUCACGUAACAGGAGAAUCUGAAACUAAUAUAGAGAAGGUAGAACCAGAAGUAACCAAGGAGCAGAUAACAGACAUUAUGGAUUCCGGUGUUACUCAGGUUGUAGAAAAUGCAGAACCAAGCAUAAUAAAUGGUAAACAUUUAACAGAGUCCAAUAAUGAUGAAACAGAAAUGAGUAUAGAAAAUGAAGAAAAGGAAGAAAGUAGCCUUUCUAAUGGAGCUAAUAACACAGAGUCUCAAUCACCUAAAGAAUCACUUUGCCCUGUAUCCGAAAAUAUGGAUGAUAAUAAAGAAGAUUUUGAAGAAAAUCAAAGUUUUGAGGAUUCCAUUAAACAAGAAAAUACUGAAACAUCUACGGAUAACUGUGAUAUCUCAAAUAACAAAUCUGAUUAUCAAAAUAACAUUAAUGAACAUCAAGCUGAUUAUAACAAUUCCAUGAGAAAAGAUGAUCAAGAAGUUUUGGACGAAUCUGAAGAAACCAGAAAAGUGCCAAAAUUGUCACUUAAACUGCCUAAACUAGAUUCUUAUGAACCAGAACCUGAGGAUAGUGAUGACAGUGAAAAACUUACUAUGGAAGUAGACCAGGUGGAAAGUGAUGACAACGAAAAUGAGAAUGAAUUGGAAACAAAAACCAAUAACGAAGAACAAAGUACAGAAGAGAUUAAGGCAGAAACACAAGAAAUUGAAAUGCAAUCUUCUAAAAAACAAGAAAAUCACCAUCAAGUUGCAGGUCCUGAUAUUCCUGUGAUUGAGUUACAGUUAGAACAACCUUUGGAUAAAUUUGAUCCUAGAAUUUUACUGCAAAAGUGCUUAAAAAUGACAGUUCCCACUUGUAUUUAUUGUAAUCAUGCAAGAAAAAUAGCAGUAAAUGGUAAACAACUAGGAUUGCAUUGUAUUGCAGAACAUAGAUUUUCUGCAAUAGUAAAUAGUAUAACUGCUGAAGAGUUGAUACCACAAAACUUUGUUAAUAGGAUAUCGGAAUGCUUAGAUGAAUUAUCAUCAGUCUUCUUCAACUUGGAAUCCAGUUUCAGUAAUGAAGCAAUAACCUUUUCACAUCUGUUUGAAUGUUUUCAGUGCCAUUUUAGCACAACAGUUCACAAGGAGUUGUACCUACACAAUCGGAAAUAUCAUUCAAAAAAUAUGCUGUUGUGUAUUAUGUGCAAAUCAAACUUUUACAGUUACAGUGAACUCAUAUGUCAUUUAUGUCCCGGUUUAUACGUGUUAGAUUAUGAAUUAACAUUUAAAUGUUGCAUGUGUGUUCAUGAUGAUUUGCCCAGUUCAUUUCGGUUGAUGGUUCAUCUAAGGACAAAACAUAAUGUUUGUGAUGUUUGUUUGGACAGUUGUCAUACCCAACAUCGGUUAUCAAAUCAUGUUUGGAAGCAUAAGUUACAUCAUUUUUGUUACAGGUGUGGUAUAGCAUAUAGAAACAAACCAGACAUUACAAGGCAUUUAUUCUGGAAACAUGGUACAGAAAGCGUUCUUUGUAAGAAAUGCUUACAGAAAAAGUGGCCCCAUGUCUACCAUUUUUGUAUUCCUCCCUCGAGCUUUGGGUGUGAUGAGUGUGGAUUAACUUUUUCUAGAGCAGUUUACCUUAAAGUUCAUAAACGAUUACAUACAAAUGAAUAUAAACAUGCGUGUACGUUUGAAGGGUGCGAGGAAAAGUUUAUAUCUAAAAAAUUGUUGGCGACGCACGAAAGGAAGCACUUUGAACCUCCCGAAGAACCUAAAACAGAAGAAGUUGAACCCAAUAAAGAUGAAGUAAAAGAAGAGGUAGACCGGAAUGACCAGGAACUGUUGAAGGAAGAUGAAAAGAAUGGAGAAAAACCAAAACCGAAAAUUGACGUUCUUGAAGAUUUGCCAGCACUGAAUCUUUCUGAAAGUGAUAGUAGCAGCGAAUCGGAAACUGAGGCUAAUCCUCCAAUUAAAAAACAGGACUCUGUAGAACCAAAACAAGAGACUUUAAACCCAGAAACUGAACUGGAACCUCCAGGAGAAUUGCCUCCUUUGGAUAUUCUCCAAGAGCAUAAAUCAGCUAUUGAAAUUCCAGAAGAAAACACCAGCAUUGUUAUGCAGGGCAUAUGGGACAAUUUCAAAAAUUAUCAAGAGAAACAGCAUAAAUUGGAUAUUAUGUUUAAUGAUCAGGAAAAAACUGAUAAUUCAGAAAUAUCUGUUCUGGAAAGCGAGAAACCUGAUAAAUAUCUAGUUUUAAGUGAGCAUAAUUAUUGCGCUUCCCCUGAUGAGAUCACUAAAGAUACCACAUUGGUUGAAGUUAAACUUGCUCUCACUGAAAGUGUUGAUCAUGAUUAUUGCUUUUCCAAACCUGAAGGUUCUGGAAAGGAAGAAGAACCAAUUGUUGAACAGCCAAUUACUCCCGUAAAGGAUGAUAAAAAGGAAGCAACAAAAAAUAGCUCGUCAAGUAGUAGUAGUGAUUCAGAUUCAUCAAGUUGUUCUUGCGGAUCAAAUUGCAGUUGUAGUUCUAGUUCAGGCAGCUCGUGUUCUUCAUCUGACAGCUCUAGUUCAGAUAGUUCAUCAGAAGAAGGACGAAAAAGGCAGUUGUUGAAGAAGGAGAAAAGAAAGGAGAGGGCAAAGAAACUGAAGGAAGAACAAGAAAAAGCCAAUAAAGUGGACAUAGUAUCAGAUGCUGUUCCUAUUGUUAUCGAAACUCCGAUAAGGGAAUCCGAUUUAGAAACUACUGAAAGUGAAACUGACGAAGAAUUUUAUGAUGAAGCACCCCAAAAACUAGCAAAAAAAAUUCUCGAAGAAAAACGCCAACAACUUCUCGAAUUAAUGGGACCAAAUAAUAUUCCGAAUGGUUCAUUCAUAGAAAGUACAAGUCGACCUCCUACUCCACCAUCAGAAGUUAUAGAACCGGAAGAGAAGAAGAAGAAAAAAUCGAAAUCUAAAAAAAAGAAAAAGAGAAAGAGCGAGAAGAAAUUGGCAGAAUAUAGUGAACCCAUUGUUAAUAAUAUUAUAUCACCAGAUAUUCCCAUUCCUCCAUAUUAUCAACAGUUUCAUCAACAGCAACAACUGCAACCCCAAACGCCAUCUAUAGCGCCUAUUACUUUAACAAUAUCAAGAAAUUCCCCAGUAUCCAGUCCAUUGCCAUCUGUAUCUACCCCAGUAUCACUAGCACCUUAUUCUAAAGUACAAACUGAACCUACUUUUAGUAAACAAGAUUCAGUAGAAAAGAACUUGAGGGCGUCGAAACGUCGAAGAGUACCUAAUAAAUUUUACGGAUAUUCUAGUGAAGAAGAAGUUGAUAAACCUGUAUCUAAACAGCGUAAGACCGAGUCAUCUCAAACCCCACGUUCACCUAUGGUAGUUCCUCCUAUAACAAUAAAAACUCCAACGCCUACUCCACCUCAACCACCUAUUGAACCUAUUUCCAUCCGAACUGGAACACAUCUUAGUGAUUUUAGAGUGCAACGUCCCAGACCGAAGCCUAGCAUUCCACCUAUAAGACUGUUGAGCAGUCGCGGAUUAGGCGACGGAGAUAGUGAGAGCGAUUCCAAUGAUUCUAGCUCGGAUGAGCAAACAACUGUUACACCAAAACCUGCUCAGCCACAAUUGUAUUGUUACUGCAGGUGUCCAUAUGAUGAGGUUUCGGAGAUGAUUGGAUGCGACGCUACCGAUUGUGAAAUAGAAUGGUUCCAUUUCGAAUGCGUUGGAAUUAUGGUACCGCCUAAAGGACAGUGGUUCUGCCCCGACUGUCGAAAAAAGAAAACAAGACGAGAGAUAAUGCAACAACAUAUGAAAAACAAUUAAAUUAAAAACUGUUUUGAAUUGAAUUAUGUGAUUGAUAAAUGUUUUAAGAGUAAGUGAGUGGUAAAGAACUUGUAGUUUUUACGUUUGGUUCAUUGAAUUUGAAUUAUUAUUUUCCCAUGGAGCUCUUAGAUAAUUUGUAUAGGCGACUCAAGUUACCUAAUAUUUUGUUAAAAUAAAUUUACAAUGAUUAUAUCUGAGAGAGUAAUUUGUAGUACUAUAUAUAUUUUUAGUUUUUGAAUUUGUAUUAAUAAAAAUUGAACCUAUAUUUUCAUAGGUUUACAAUUAUAUAAAAACAUUGUUUCUAGUACAUUAUUUGUUGAGUUCUUAUACUUUAUAUGGCAUAUAGUCUAUUUAUUGACAAUGAAUGUAAAACAUAAUAUUUACAUUAUUAGUUUAAAAAAAAUUAUUGAUUAUACUGGUUAGGGAGUUCUAACUAGUCUUUAUUAUAGUAUUAAAGUUUUGAUAAAUAAUUUUUUGUGACUUAGGUAUUGAGGAAUUAUGUCAUCUAGAGGCUUCUUUCCAAGGAAUACGAUACUAGAUUAUCAGUAAAAAAAAUUUAAAACGAUCUAAUUUAUCGUACAUAAUCUGGUUGAAGGUAAUGGUAUUUUUUAUAAUUAUAUAUAUUAUAUAAUGUUCUAAGAUUGAAAUGGAAAUUAUUAAAAAUAAAAAAAAAAUUAUUUAUAAAACAAAUAAAGUUUGCUCUGUAUGUGGGUGGAAAAGAUUAAAAUUACAAAUCUACAUUUUCUCUUGAAAGUAAAAACUUUUAAUCAUUUCUUCACAAGAAAUAUCGAGAUAAGUAUAUUAUUAAUUUAUCUAUCUCAAAUGUAUCAGACUUUCAACUUUUUUAUAUCUAUAUAGUAAGACUCCACUUAACGCGGUGAAUACGUUCCAUCAAAGUAGAGCGUACUGAGAAACAGUGCUAAACGAGUCUAUUCUGUGUUUCUAAUUUUCUGCCUUUUGUCAAGAAGGCAUCUAAAGUAGCUUCCAUUUUCCUUUCGCAUUCUGUCAGAAGUUGUUGAUAAGUGAAUAAAGCACUAAUACCCGUCUUGCAAAAUUUGGAUCAUUUUCAACCAAUUGGCCUAUAAUUUCAGUUAUAGUAGUCAAUUUUCUUUUUACAAACACCAUUGAAAGUUCUUUUUGUUUGUCUUUUCGAAAUCACUACUAUCAAUAUUUUUGUUCAUUUCUUGCUCAGUUAAUUCAUGAUCUCAUCAUUAGAGAAACUAGUUGCUGUUUCUUGAAUUAUUUCUUCAAAGUCUUCCACAUUUACCUCAUCUCAACUGGUUUGUUUUUCUAAUUCAACCAUUUCAUCCAUAAUAACAGAAUGUCCAAUGUCAUCGUUCUUACUUAAAUCUGACCAAAUACUCUUUCAUACUCCUUUCAAAGAUCUUUCUGUUAUCUCAUUCCAAGAAAGGUUUAUGUUUUCUACAGCAUUCAUGAUAUUGUAGUUUUUCCAAAAUUCUCUUAUUGAUUGCUUCUCUUCUCCGUCUCUUUUUUGAAACAUCUGCUUAAAUGUUCGUCGCAAGUAAUAAGCCUUAAAAUUGGAUAUAACACCUUGGUCAAUUGGUUGGAUUAAGGCAGUUAUGUGGCGGCAAGAACUUGACCACUUCGAGUGGAAUGCAUGUUGUCAAGUCUGAUAAACUUGUUGGGUGGUUUGGAGCAUUAUCAAUUAAUAUUAUUGCUCUUUUUUAAUUUCGCAACAUUUAACAGACGGGCAUCGUUAUUCAUGAUAUUUUAUUAGACUCCCAAGUUACGGGUAAAAUUGAUUUAGAUAUGCCUUUCAUCGCUCUUGGAUUUUUGGAGUGAUAAACUAGUAGUAGUUUUAUUUAAGUAAGUUUAAUUUGAAAUCUCCGCUUACAUUACCACUCAGUAGAAGUGUUGAGUGAUCUUUUGCAGCUUCAAAUCCUCAUACUCGUUUCUCUUCACGGGAUAGAAAUCUUUAUUUUGGCAUUCUUUUCCAUAACAGGUCUGUUGCAUCAAAAAUAAAAACCAAUGUUGGAGUAUAGUUUCCUUGUUGAAUUAUUGUUUUUAAUGUCGCUGUAAUCUUUAUGUUGUGAAGAUUAUUUCUAUGUUUAAAUCAUUAAACCAUCCUAGACUAGCAACGAAAGUUUCAGUUAUAUCACUUGCCUCAGCCUGAAUGUAAUUAAAAAUUCUUCCAGUUUUUUCCAUUGUGAUAGAUUGGCUUAUAGACAAUCAUUUUUCCAUUUUUUCAAUAAUGUUAUUUAUAAAACGGUUAAUUCUAGUUUGACGUAGUUGCAGUUACCAAUAACUAAGUAUUUUUUCUUCAAUCUUAAGAAUUGUACUUAUUAUUGAGGUUGCCAAAUUCAGUGCAGCACUAAUUUUAGAUUGACCUUCACCGGAAUCUAAUCUUCUAAUCACUUGCAUUUUAGUGUCCAGUCAAAUGCUUUUUUUGGUUGCUUUCUUUUUAUAUUUCAAUGUAGUAAUCGUUAUAGUAUUAUAUAAAUUUAUACACUUACAAUAAUGUCAACAAAUGUUUCAAUUAAUAAAAAUGUGUCCUUACAGCACCGUACCUAAUCAACACAACUACAUACACUGUUGAUGUGAUAUUUGGAAACCUAGCGCUAGCGAUUUCGGGGAAUUCCAGAGUUGAAAUAAAAGAGCGCUAAACCGAAACAGCAUUAAGGGGGGUCUUACUGUAUAUAUUUAUAAUGAAAAACAUUCUAUUAUUUAACUUGAGUCGUCAACUUAAUAAUUUCUUGUGAUACAUUGUCUACGCUUUCAUUAUAUUUGAUCAUGUAUUAUGUCUAUUAUAUUUUUGUGUUUAAACACUAAACUACUGCUUCAGAAAGCAACUUGACGUAAUUUUUUAAAUAUAAAAAAUUCAAAUAUUGUAAUGGUGGUUUUUAUUGAUCUAUAUAGUCUUAUGUACAGUACGUUUAAAAAGAAUUGUAAUCGCUUCUUUACUGUUUCACAUAUUCAUUACAAAAAAUUUAAUUUUUAGAUACUUUAUUAAUUUAAAAUGCAGUAUUGAGAAGAUAUUACGUUCUUUAAUAGUUUAAAAAUAAUGAGAACAUAAAACAGAUUAAAUAAUAAAUGUAGAAUAUUGUUUUGAUAAUUGUGUUAACUAAUAUUUCAUUAACUAAAUAUUCAAAAUGUCCUUCACCUUUUGUUUGGCUAUAUCAAAGUAUUUUGUAAAAUGCAUUCAGAUAAUUUUGAACUGGUGUAUAAAAAUCUUAUUGAAACUAGUUACAUUCUAUUUGGAUGGGUUGAGGAUUUGGGAAUGUUGCUAUUCCAAUAGUGUUGAUUAAAAAUACCAUUUAAAAAAAUGUUUGUUGUGUAAAAAUAGUAUUAACAAAAGAAUCUUGCAUUAUUUUUUUUCAUAUUACUAUAACUCUCUAACUAUAAAAUUAUAAACAAAUUAAUAUGCAGCUUCUCUUGAAGAAAUUCUUCUAGUUACUCUAUCUACUAUUGACUUCAUUUCUCCAUGUUGUUCCACUCGGGAUUUUUCCUUUAUUCUUAGAUCUUUCAAUUUUCGCUCAAUAAGAGUGUAAAUAAGAAUAUUUGGGAUUUCUUGAUAAACAUAAUUUUUUUACUCUUUCUAAAUCAUUGACCUUAUCUCUUUAUAUUGUCCCACUUGAUUUUUUUUCUGUUUUUUGUUAUUUCAUUGCGUUUAUUUUUGUCCUGUUCUAAUUUUCUGUUGGAAUUGCUACUAUUCAUAUAUUUUCGUUUCCAUUUAUAUUCGGAUUAAUUUUUGUUAGUAAAACUAAUAGAAAACAUUUAUUUUCUUAAAUACUGUAUAAUAAUAUUCUUAACUUUUCGAACAUAUUGUGGUAGAGAAUGAUUCACUAGGUACAAAUUUGUCUAAAAUAAAGCUGCUUGAUAUAAACCACAAACAUACAAAUUGGAUAUGGUUUCUUCUGAAUUCUAACUUAUUCCAUAUUGAAAAUAAUCUCUUACUAUAUCAACAAUAUCAAUUAUUAUAUAUUGACUUGCAUGUGCCUAAAUGAGACCUGAUAGUCUAAUCUUUUCCAUUUGUUGCAACAUAUUUUGUAAAGUUAUCACUUUAAGCACAAAUAUCAUCAAGAAUUUGGUUAUUGUAAGCAAAUAAGUAAGUAAGCAAAUUUUAGAUUGUUUCACUUUGAAAGUUCACCGAUUUAUGUUUCAUAUUGAAACAAAUGUGAAUGGAAAAUAUUGAGAUUGGUGUCUUCUUUUAGUCUUAUAACAACAUUUCAUUUCGACUUGUAUGCAGCUCCACAAAUAGGCGUGAACAUUACUGUUCCAUUUUACUUGUGAUUACAUAGACUUAUGGGUACAGGUGUUACUAAAAUAUACUAUAACAAAUAAAAAAUUCAAUACUUUCAUCGUUACAUCGAUCGAUUGCAAUGUAUUUCCAUCACUUUCUUCCUCUAAUACUUUGUUUAAAUGUUGCAACAGCAAGUUAUUGUAGUAGUUUCCACAUCCAUUUUAUGGUAGGUUUUACACCCAAAUUUGGUGUUAAUAUGCCAAUUUUUAUAGUGAUUCUCACUAAAUACAUUGUUUUAUUUCAUAUUGUUUGGUGAUUUACAAUAAAAAAAGCUUUAACAAUAUACAGAAAUUCAAUAGUUUAACAAUAAUAUAGAAUUUAUCGUUUAAAUAUCACCUUAUUCAAUCAAUAACAAUAUUAAUUUUCCAUACUAAUUAACAGUUGAAUUAAAUUCCUAAGAAAACAUUUUAUUAUUAGGUCAAUAUUAUCUUGUAAUUGAAUAGCAACAUGAUCGUGUAAAUAUACUUGAAUUACUUAACUUAUUCUUCCCUGAUCAAUCACAGAUUCUAGAAAUAUGGAUCAUGUUUAUUAUUAAUAAUUUAUUGUUUCCAUUUCUUUUUUCUUUCACACAAUUCUUUCAGCGAAAAUUUCUGAAGAAUAUUUUUAAGUGCGACUACGGCCCUCAAAGAGCCUUAGUUUCGUCCACCACAUUCCUCAAGUCAUAACGGUCCAACGCUCGGCGUGUCCAUUUACUAACACCUAGCUCCUGAAGAUCCUCUUCGACAUUAUCUAGCCGUUAUUUGCACGGUCGCUUUCACACGUCCCCUUAUUUCCAUUGAGUAUUUUCGAUCACUAGUGUUCCCAGGUAUACAUUUUCGUACUUAACCGGCCUACUUCGAAAGCCAUUGAAAAUUGAAAAUUUUUCAUGUUAGGUAUGAGUUUAACUGAGGAUAUUAUUUUUGACUUUUCCGGAAGUGAAAUUCAGACUUAUUUGUAUAAAUAAUUAAAGUAAUGUUGACUAUUCACUCUGGCGGAGUUCUAAUGACUUCCUAAAUAAGACGCUAAUUGCAAUAUUUGUCAUGGAAGCAGUAGAAAAUAUUUUAUUUCAAAUUCAUUUUGGAUUAUAAAGUAUGAAGUCAACUUUUCAAAUUUCUUCAUUAAAAUCGUCUCAAGUAUAGUUUAUAUAAUUAAGUAAUAAAUAAGUGUUUAAAAUUUGGUAUUUGUAUAAAUCUUUAUUUGACACUUUUGAAUGUCUUACUAUUUUGAUAACAUGUAUAUAGAAAUAAGUACCUGUAUAUAGUAAAAUUAGACUUGUACGGAUAGUUGGAAAUUAAAAAAAAGUUAAAAGGCAGGUAGCCAAGGAAUUUUCAUUAUGCUGUAUAUUCAAAUCUAAUCGAGAAAUGUGAUUAAUAAUUAGUUAACAAAAAAAAUGGUUAGGUUAAGUGAUUUUACUACAAUUUCUUAUGGAUGUGUGAUAGAUCAUUUUUUAUAAUGUUCAUAGAUUUUAAGACUUUAUUGUCUUGCAAAUUUAAUUUCCAGCUGAUUUGUUCAGAAGUGGAUCAACUUUAUAUUGCUCUUGGUCUCACAUCGGCUGCUUUCCAUUUAAAUCAAAACUCAGAUUAUUCUCACUUGUCAUGACUCAAUUCAAAGCAUGUUCCUUUUCAGUUUCACAAGUGACAAGACCUAACUGAGUUUUUAUCCACAAUCUGCACAAGCUUGAGAUCGUGAGCUUUAGUGGUUUUUGUAAACUCUGAUUAGAAGUGGGGUUGAGGACAUCACGUUAUCAGAUCUUGUCAUCAAAAUAAGCAUAGGAAGAAUUAUGGAUAGAUGAUAUGAUAUUAUCACCGUAUUAGGAAAACAAUGGAUGGAGCUAAAAAAUAUCUAUACCUAACACUGGAUGAAGAAAAAAUUGCGUAUAUUUGCUGCUUUCCAUUUAAAUCAAAACUCAGAUAAUCUCACUUGUAAUAAUUCAGUCCAAUGCACCUUCCUUUUCAAUUUCACAGGUGAGACCUGAGUUUUUAUCCACAAUCUGCACAAGCUUGAGACUGUGAGCUUUAGUGGUUUGAACUCAGAUUGAAAGUGAGGUUGAGGAUAUCACGUUGUCAGAUCUUGUCAUCUAAAUAAGCAAAUAAGUACAGAUUACCGAAUUAUUGGAAACAUUCAUUGAUGUAUUGAGAAUAUUAACUCACAGGACGGUGUUCCUUUUAUUCAAUGAGCAGUGACGUGAUUAUUUGAGUAUAAGAUAACUGAGUGUCUCAGCUCACUUGAAUGUAAAUGGAAAGCAGCUAUCAAUUUGUACAUUUAACAUAGAGGAAUUUUUUGAACGAAGCAUAUCAAGUGUUAACAGAGGAACUUUUAGUUGGAAAGAAAUUUAAAUGACUCUAUUUUCAAUGAAACCUCAAAGCUUUAAAAUUUACGACAGAAUCGAGCAUAAUGACUUCAAAUUCCAAUGGCGGUCAAAUGUUUGAAGCUGCAGCAUUGACCAUAAGCAUAUUGAUAUAAUUGAACAAGCUUUGUAGCUUUGUUGAAUGCUCCUAUUAAUUAUGAAAGUUUACAAAAAAGAGUAAAUAUAAAGGAAAUAUUUUGAAAAAAAGAAUAUUUUAAAAAUGGUAUAUCACUAUUGGUGCUUUCCAUUAAGCGUUCACGUCGUCAUGAUGAACGUUAACGACGACCGUUCUCAUGAUGUGAGUCGAACUGAGCGUUCAAUGCAGAUUGCAACCAUGAGAAUCUAUCUCAUUAUUUGAUGCGGUAUGGGAUAUUAUGAGUUCUAUUAAAGCAUUCUUAUGACGCUCUACCAAAUAUUUUACUGUCUCCGCAGAAAAUAUUUUGAUUACUUCAAUGUAAAUUAGUUCCGCUAAAAAUUCAAUGACUUACAAAUUGUAACAUAACCUCUUAAAGCUUUUGCUUUAUUUUUUCUGUGAUUCCAUUUGUUAAUAUUUAUCUCGAACACACUAAACGCCUCGUAAUCCAAUCCACUUGGGUUUACAAUUAUACCAAUCAGGACUAAUUGGAACGGGAAAUAUAGUGGUCGUGAUUGUCGUAAGUGCUUAGUGGAAUGCAGCCUAAAUAAGCCAAUGUGUAAUUAAAUUUAGAGUUAGCCGAAUAAUUAUUGUAUAUGUGUAAAUAGAGACAUACAAUUUUGAUUUUUGGCUCUCUGGGAGGAACGGUAGUAUUAGUUUUCAAUUAGAAGUUUGACAAAACUUAUCAAUGUACAUUUCCGAAAAUCUAAAUAUAUUCAGUAAAUACUA